AUGAGUAAUUUUGAUACUAGGAAACUUAUAAACGAAAUCAAGAAAAGGCCUUCCAUCUGGGAUACAUCGUCGAUUGAAAAUACAAAUAAGGAAUUGAAGAAACAAGACUGGAAUGAAAUAGUUGCGAUAUUUGGUGGUGAUGACAUCUCAGCUAGUGAUCGACAUCUUUUACGAUUAACUCUUCAAAAGAGAUGGAAGAACAUUAGGACUAGUUUUGCAAGAGAACUAAAAAGACAAAAGAACUAUGGUUCAGGUGCGAACCGUAAAAGUGAAUAUGUGUAUUACAAACAGUUAAGAUUCCUCUCCAAUGUUAUGAACAUCGCCGAAAAGGAAGUUGACGAAGAACCAGAAUAUGUAUACUAUGAUGUUGACGUAGAAUUCAAUCAAACGACCGAUGGAAGCAAAUAUGAAAAAAGAAUUGAGAACAAAUUCAAACGUAAAAUGAUUGACGAUGAAGACACUAUAGAUAAUAACGAGGAUAACGAAGACCGUCUCUUCCUAUUAUCACUACAUGAAACAUUACGAAGAAUCCCAAAGAGUAAAAAAACUGCCGUUAAAAUUAAAUUACUAUCCGUUAUAAAUGAGGCUAUGAUUGAUGAGGUCUCUGACUUAAGUUGA